AUGGAUGAGUCUACUUCCAACAGUCAGACAUUCUCCUCUGCCGAUCGGAUCAGGCAGCUGAACGAAAUUGACAAAGACAUCGCCAAACUCGUUAACUCCGCCGGACUAGCCAUACAAGCCUUGACUAAUGCAAAAAACACUGAAACCACAACCGGCAACUCAGUCGCCGAGCGCAAAGCCGCAUUCAAGGACUCAACCUCACAAUACUUCUCGCUUUUGUCGUCGAUCGAUGUUCGACUAAGGCGACAGGUAUAUGCGCUGGAGGAAGCGGGUAUACUUGAAGCAGAGUCGUCGACUGCGACUAAUGUAUCAUUCAAAAACGACACCACUACUACGACUGGCACGGGACCAGGUGGCACAGGCACAGCUGCGGGGACGUUUAACCCUCUCGAAAUCAGUUGGCUUAAUAGCCGAAAAGAUACUGUAGGGAAGGAUAAAGAGGCUGAGUCAUGGGCUGCUGCGCGAGAGUUUUUGAAUCGAGCUCGAGAUACUGCCCCUCAGGCUGACGCGAUGGAUACCGAUUCGUGA